GCCAUCGCCAUAGCCAUGCCAUCUACGACCUGAACCUGCCACUCGAUGCUCCUGCGGUGUCGCAAUUGUGAUCAAUCCUCUCUAUUUACCCAGCCUUGCAUUGUUCGAACCUCCAUCCGGCUACAAGACCUUAUGAGUCGUUGAUCCUCGUGGUUGCGACCACUGCGAGCAACGCUCAUAGCUUUUCUCGAUGCCUCGCUAAUCAAUGGGGUCACUGCAAUGGUUCCUGUUUAUUUAUCUUCUAGGCGGCCUCACCUUCAUCCCUUUACUGCUCGGCAUCCUCCUCCUUCAUGCCUACUACACCUUACCUCCUCAACAAGCCGACACCUCCCAGAAGCCGGACCAAAACCAAGAUCCUGCGCGACUUGCUCGCCCGGAAGACGACAAGCUAGCCUUCAAAAGCGCCACCGAUGGCUUGGUGGAGAAGUUCCACCGAAAGCAUGAUUCGGACGUCGCAGCUGGCUAUUUCGCCGUCUGCCGAGAAUAUGUCCCUGGCGGCGUCAAUGGCAAGCCUCCCGAGAAGCUGACUCCCGCGGGAGACGUCGUUGCGCAGGAGUCUCCGAGCGUGUACCAGACAAUGUACAGAAGUAUAUUCGACCGAUCACAAAAGCCGACGAUCGAGCCAAACAAGGACGGAGCGGGGAAGACGGUCAAGAAGGCAAACAAUGUGUUCUACGUGGUCCUGAGACACGGCCACCUCAUGCUCUACGACGACAUACAACAGUUGGAAGUGCGGUAUGUGAUAUCUUUGGAAUACCACGAUGUGGACAUCUAUGGUGGGGAAGAGGAGAUACCCGAGGGAGAGUUAUGGAUCAAACGACAUUCUAUCCGGCUGCGGAGGAGGAAGUCUAUCGCUGGCGAUACACCCAAGUCGCUGCCCUUCUUCCUCUUCAGCGAGAAUACUUCGGAGAAGGAGGACUUCUAUUUCGCUCUGCUGAAGAAUCAAGAGAAGAGUGUCACGGAAGAUCUUCCCGUUGCACAAGAAUUCGAGGUCCAGCACAUCGUCACACUCGUGCAGAAAUUGCACUCCUCAGAAGAGCAUCUGCAGACGAGAUGGCUCAAUGCCAUGAUCGGCCGUCUGUUCUUGGCCAUGUACAAGACACCGGAGCUGGAAGACUUCAUCCGGACCAAGCUUACGAAGAAGAUCUCCAGGGUCAAAAAGCCCACCUUCAUCACCAAGUUGGCUCUGCGGAAAAUCGACACGGGUACCGGAGCGCCGUUCAUCACGAACCCAAGAUUGAAAGACCUUACGGUGAAUGGCGAUUGCACCGCCGAAGCCGAUGUCAACUAUACUGGGAACUUCAGAAUCGAGAUUGCAGCUACUGCACGCAUUGAACUGGGCUCACGCUUCAAGCCGCGAGAGGUCGACAUGAUCUUGGCCGCCACCUGCAAAGGACUCCAGGGGCACGUCCUCUUGAGAUUCAAGCCGCCGCCGAGCAAUCGACUUUGGUUCAGCUUUGAGAAGAUGCCACAGCUGGAUCUUGUCUUGGAACCGAUUGUCAGUUCUCGGUCGAUCACCUACACCUGGAUUCUCCGAGCCAUCGAGAGCCGGAUCCGAGAGGUCGUGGCCGAAAGCGUCUGCCUGCCAUUCUGGGACGAUGUUCCGUUCUUCGACACAAGGGGCCAACUUUAUCGCGGCGGGAUCUGGCGGCGGGAAUCCGUGUCCAUUACGACGACCGAGAUACCGAAUGAGGAACCCGAGGACGAAGCUGAAGCUGGCACGCCUGGAACCAGGACCCCCGCGGAGCUCGGCAAGGAUGAUAGGAUCAUGAGCAUGCCCGCACUGAGCGAUACCAAGGGAAAGCCGACCGUCGCAAAGAAAUCCAUUUCAUCGCUGAACGACUUCUUGGGCAUGAAGGGCUCCAGCUCUGAAGCUGUGAACAGGUCUGAAAUAUCCACACCAAGACUGAUGCGGUCACCAUCUUUCGCCAGCGCGGCCAAUCCCACCGUGACGGCGGAUCACGCCGAUGUCAACAGCCCUACACGAGAGCCUGAUGCGAGCGCCAAGAGGGAAAGCGCAGCGAACUUUUUGAAGGAUCUUUCCAGCAGGUCAACUUCCGAGACCCCGUCGCCCUCUGGCUCGCAGGCUGGUACACCUCCGGCAGAUUCGGCAAUGGCAGCCGCAAUGGCGGCAGCAAUGAGCCAAAAGGAAAGAAGUUCUAGUAACGCUUCACAAGCGUCUGUGGAAAUACCCAGAGUCAAAGAGGACGCCGAGAGUCUGAUGUCUUCCUCUGCGCUGCGAACGUCGACCAUGUCAAGUCGAGCCUCGCUCAGUUCCAAUUCCAAUGACACGCUCGACACCGUAGCUGCAGGGAAGAGACCUCGAUCGGCGCAUCAAGGGACUACCAGACAGAAGAGCUUUGCGCAAGGAGUGAGGUCUUUGACCAGUGCCGACCGGAAGCAAGCUCUUGCUUCGGUCAACGCUGCAGCCGCCGCCGCCCAGAAAUGGGGAUGGGGGGUUCUGGCCAAGAACAGACAGCGCGAGGCUCAAGUAGCUGCGAGUGGUGGGCACGAUGCGUCAGCCAACACGACGGCUUCCACUACGAAUUCGAGGGAACCGAUGGGACGCGGAAGACCGCUGCCACCACCGGGAACGCCACUGCCCCCGCCUGAAAAGCCCCGGAGUGGGUUCAUGGCAUCGAAGCGGAAGCCGGUCCCGCCUCCACAACUUCCCAAGCGUCCAGAGGCUGGUGCUCUUGUCAAUGGUUCGAGUGAUUCGGUGCCGAAAGGUUUGACAAAGCCACCCUUGCCCGAACGGCGGAAACGCCCGAGCUCGUUGCAGGUGAACGACGCGGCUGAGGAUGAGGUGCUCGUGGUUGAAGCUCCUAUCGAGUCUGCCCCGGCGAGUCCAGCGGCGGAUGAGCAUCAUGAUGAGUUCUUUGGCCAUGGGGAGCCCAGUGAGUCUGGUGAGGUGGAAGAGCCGGAAGAGCCGGACGAGCCUGUAAAGCUGGAAGAACCUCCAGUGCUGCAAGAGCCUAUAAAGCCUCCGUUGCCGGAGCUAGACAGUGCCAGUAGCGAAACUCAACCUGUCAUGGAUGACGAGGAGGAACUGCAUAGACAGGAGCUUGGGAUGUAUGCUUGACGACGUAUGUAUAGAAGUAACGAGACUACUUUGAUGAGUGUACUAUGAAG